GCCACGCCUUUGGUAAUUUAGGAUGCUUGAUCUAUAUAUAUGUAUAUAGAGUUGAGAUGAAGGAUAAGACAGAGUUUCUCUCUGAUUGACGACGCUCGCCAACAUGAACUCAAAGGUCCUUCUUGUUGUACUCGGCUUGGCCGCCCUUGCCUACGCCCGCCCUGGAUCUUCAGAGGAAUCCUUCGAAUCCGGCGAGGCCAAGUACAACUUCAACUGGGCCGUGAGAGACGAGUCUUCCGAGAACGACUUUGGACACCAGGAGGCCCGCGAAGGAGACAACACCCAGGGAUCCUACUACGUCCACCUCCCCGACGGCCGCCUCCAGAAGGUGUCCUACCACGUCGACGGAGAUGACGGAUACGUUGCCGCAGUCUCCUACGAAGGAGAGGCUCGAUUCCCCGACUCUGCCUCUUACGGGUCUAACGAAUCCAAGUAAAUAUAAGGAUGUAUUACCUUGGAAAUUAUUUAUUUUAUUUAAAGAAUUAUAUAAUUUAAUUCUAUUCAGAUUUGUGCAAACAAGUUAAUUUAUUAAAAACUGCAAAUAAGAAAAUGACUCAUCUAUUUGAAAAAUGUACAUAAUUUAAUCCUUUUUAAGUUCAUGAAAAUAAAUAAAUUAAAAAUUGCAAACAUA